AUAGAAUUCUUAGCAGCCCAUGUUUAUCAUCUAGACCUCAGGAAAGUGAAAACCAUACGCCACUUAUUUUUUCGAUUUUGUGAUUAAGAAAUGGCACACUCUGAAUCUGCUUUGCCCUUGAGAAAGCUACAAGGAAAAGUUGCCAUUGUCACCGGUGGUGCAAGUGGUAUUGGGGAGGCCACUGCACGUCUUUUCGCCGAUCACGGUGUGCGGGCGGUCGUGAUUGCCGAUGUGCAAGACAAUAAAGGUCAAAUUGUGGCUGAAUCCAUCGGUGGGGAGCGGUGUAGCUACGUGCACUGCGACAGUAGCGAUGAAAAACAAGUGAAGGCCAUGGUUGACUUUACAGUGGAAAAAUAUGAUCAACUCGAUAUCAUGUUUAGUAACGCUGGAGUACCAAGUAAAUCCGAACAAACAAUACUCGAUUUAAAUUUUUCACAAUUCGAUACCUUGUUCGGUGUCAAUGUACACGGUAUGGCAGCAUGUGUGAAGCAUGCCGCUCGUGCUAUGGUGGAGAAAGGUGUCAAGGGAACCAUUGUGUGCACUGCUAGUGCGGCUGCCACCAAUUGCAGGGGAGGAACGAAUAUGACCGACUAUGUCAUGUCAAAGCACGCUAUUUUGGGUCUGGUCCGAGCAGCUAGCCAGCAGCUUGGUGUACAUGGAAUUAGAGUUAACUGCGUUUCGCCAUCUGCAAUCGCAACCCCAAUGGCGGCACAAGCGGGGUUGACGAGCGAGGGAGUUCGAACGGCGUUCGGGCCUUUCACACCCUUGAAAGGAACUACACUAACGGUUAACCAUAUAGCAGAUGCCGUAUUGUUCCUUGCAUCAAACAAUUCGGCAUUUGUUACUGGGCAUGACUUGGUCGUGGAUGGUGGAUUGAUCAGCCUUCCCCAUUUAAUGACUACAGAAAACUGAGAAAGACGAUUUUAAUUUUUGUUAUCUAGCAAAUUUAAGUCUCAGACGCUAUCGAAUGAAAUACCAAUAAACUAUGUUGUACUUUGUAAUAUUCUCUCUCUUAAUAAAUCGGGAGAAUUUGCACCAAAGGUCCAAAAUUUUUCAAAACAUGAAAAUAGGUCUUAAAUCUUUAAA